CUUUCUCGACAGAAGUGACACAAGCAGCGCAGACACAGCUACAGAGACCACAACCUGCCCAGCCCGAGAGCGGCACAUUUUCACAAAAAGCCUGGGAAACUUCUUCAGAGAUCUGACGGUAGCACAGGAGUCCCCAAGUUUCCACUUCUCAAAACCUUAGACAGAGGGGACUAAAGUCCUGCAUUUCUCUCUCUCUUUCUCCCAGUAUGGCGGCAUGGGACCUGUCAGUCAUAGUGGAGGACCUGGGGUCUGAUGCGCCACCUGUCACCAUCAGCGUGGCAUCUGACCUCCACAUCGGAGGGGUCAUCCUAAAGCUGGUGGAAAAGACACAGAUCACGCGUGAUUGGUCGGACCAUGCGCUAUGGUGGGAGCAGAAGCAGCGGUGGCUGCUGCGGACAGCUUGGACUCUGGAGAAAUAUGGCAUCCACGCCGACGCCCGGCUUAUCUUCAUGCCCCAACACAAGCCACUGAGACUGGGUCUGCCUAACGGCAUUACCCUGAGGCUCCGGGCCUGCUUCUCCUCCCCCGCCUUCCAGACCGUGAUGGGCAUCUGCAGAAUGCUCAAUAUCCGUCACCCCGAGGAGCUCUCCCUCCUUCGGCCCGUAGAGGAGAAAAAGAAGAAGAAAGAUAAGGACUCGGCAGAGGAGAUCUACGACCUGACCGAGGUGCCCCUCUCCUCGGCAUCCCGGCCCUGUCUGUAUAAUGGCAUGCCGGCUCACUUUGCCGACUCACCUCAGAUGGAGGCCAUCUACAAGAUGCUGUCAGUCACCCAGCCUCCCCCCACCCCCGAGGUCAUAGCCAAGCAGUACCGCCCCGCCAGCGUGGUGGACAAGGCCCACAUCCAUGGCAGGUGGUUGGACUCAUCCCGUUGUCUUAUGCAGCAGGGCAUCCAAGAAAAUGACAGACUCUGGCUUCGUUUCAAAUACUUUGCUUUCUAUGACAUAGAACCCAAGUAUGAUGUUGUGCGCCUGAGCCAGCUGUAUGAGCAAGCACGCUGGGCCAUCUUGCUGGAGGACAUCGACUGCACCGAGGAGGAGAUGAUGCUGUUUGGAGCCCUACAGUACCACAUCAGUAAGGUGUCUCAGUCGGAGCCCCAGAUGCUAAGCUCCAAUGCAGCCAUGGAGGACCUGGAGUCUGCCCUGCUGUCACUGGAGGUCAAGAUGGAGGGAGAGAGCAGCUCUGCAUCGGAGAUGCUGGAUAACAUGACUGCACCAGAACUCAAUGAUUAUCUAAAGAUAUUCAGGCCAAAGAGGCUGACUCUGAAGGGAUAUAAGCAGUACUGGUUCAAGUUCCAGGAUACCUCCAUCUCUUACUUCAAGAGCAAAGAGGAGAGCAUUGGAGAGCCCAUUCAACAGAUUAACCUCAAAGGAUGUGAGGUGGCACCGGACGUUAACAUGGCAGCACAGAAGUUCCUUAUCAGACUGCUGAUACCAGCGCCUGAGGGCAUGAAUGAGGUCUAUCUGCGCUGUGAAAACGAGCAGCAGUAUGCUCAGUGGAUGGCUGCAUGUCGACUGGGCUCCAAAGGCAAGAGUCUGGCUGACAGCACUUUCCAGAGCGAGAUCCAGAGCAUCCGCUCCUUCCUUGCUAUGCAAAAGACCAGCUCCAGUUCCCAUGGCAACACACCUGCCAACGAUGAAAGCAUCAAUCCUCAUAGUCUGGUCUCGCCACGUUACCAUAAGAAGUACAAAGCCAAGCAGCUGACCCCUCGUAUCCUGGACGCAUACCAGAACGUGGCUCAGCUCCCACUGACAGACGCAGUGAUGCGCUUCCUGCAGAUCUGGCAAGCUCUGCCUGACUUUGGGCUCUCUUACGUUGUUGUCAGGUUUAAGGGUAGUCGCAAAGACGAGGUACUGGGCAUUGCUCCCAACCGUCUAAUCCGUAUUGACCUGGGCGUGGGUGAUGUGGUGAAAACGUGGCGCUACAACAACAUGAAGCAGUGGAACGUCAACUGGGACAUAAAACAGGUGGCCAUAGAGUUUGAAGGCAACAUCAACAUCGCUUUCAGCUGCAUAACCGCCGACUGCAAAAUCGUUCACGAGUUCAUCGGAGGCUACAUUUUCAUGUCGACACGCAGUCGUGAGAAGAGCGACACGCUCAAUGAGGAGCUUUUCCACAAGCUGACUGGGGGCCAUGAAGCUCUCUAAGACUAAAACACACAAGUCCUUCACCGCCCACAUGAGAUCUGCUCUGUGUCUCAACAGUGGAAAAGCAGUGGAACUGGAUUUUACUUUGCAUUCAGGCAAACACAUCAGAACAGUACUUCUUCUAUCUAGUCUUCUCUAUGUGUAAAUGUGUUACAACCCACCUCCAUCCAACUUUUUCACAAGCUACAUCAGUGGAUGAACGACUUAACAUGUUCAGACAGUUCAGGACUCCGGUGGUCCUCAUGCUGACUUCCCCUUUACUUCAGGAUGGACUGCUGCUGAGCCAAACUGCUGGACAUCUGGUCCAGGAUCAGCAGGUUUGACAAUCAUGGAAAUAUAAAAUCAACAGUUGGAACAGCAAUUUCUCUUAUUUUACCUUGCAGUAUCAAGACUUCCUGUCGCUCAGGAUAGAAAGCCUUUCUUUGUCCAGAGCUGCAGUUUUUAUGUCACUUAGAUUUUUGUUUGAAAUGUAUGGCUACAACAGCCACAUUAUAACAGCCAAGAAUCAACUACAAUGAGUACAAAAAUACAAACUAUUAUGUUUUCUUUAAUAAAUAUAUGAAUAAACAUGUAUUCAAAUAAAUACAGCAAUUCACUAUU